AUGAAGCCCCAGCAGACCCCCUCCACCGAGCCGGUCUCCUCCUCCUCCUCCUCCUCUUUCGCCGCCGCCUCCUCCUCCGUCCCGGAGCUCCGGCAAGCCGCGACGGCCGUCCCCUCCGGCGAUGACGCACCUUCUAACCAGGGCGGCCCUGGCGGCGCGGAGUCGGUCGUCGUGGAGCGGCGGGGCGAACACUCCGCCGUGUGCCGGUGGAUGGUGCCCCAGUUCCCCCGCACAAAGGCCCGCGCCCUCUGGUCCCGCUACUUCGAGGUCGGCGGCUACGACUGCCGCCUCCUCAUCUACCCCAAGGGCGACUCCCAGGCCCUCCCCGGUUACCUGUCGAUCUACCUCCAGAUCGUCGACCCUCGCGGGUCGUCGUCCUCCAAGUGGGAUUGCUUCUCUAGCUACCGACUCGCCGUCGUCCACCCCUCCGAUGACUCCAAGUCCAUCGCCCGCGACUCCUGGCACCGCUUCUCCUCCAAGAAGAAAUCCCACGGUUGGUGCGACUUCACCCCAGCCGCCCCCAUCCUUGAUAACAAGGCUGGCUUCGUCCACACCCCCAACGACGCCAUCCUCAUCAUCGCCGAUAUUCUCAUCCUCCACGAGUCCGUCUCCUUCUCCCGCGACCACGAGCUCCAGCCUCCCCCCGCCGCCGCCGACGUCCUCAGCGGCAAGUUCACCUGGAAGGUCCACAAUUUCAGCCUCUUCCACGAGAUGAUCAAGACCCAGAAGAUCAUGAGCCCCGUCUUCCCGGCCGGCGACUGCAAUCUCAGGAUCAGCGUCUACCAGAGCUCCGUCAGCGGCGUCGAGCACCUCUCCAUGUGCCUCGAGAGCAAGGAUACCGACAAGGUGCAGCUUGUCCCGGAGCGCAGUUGCUGGUGCCUCUUCCGCAUGUCGGUGCUCAGCCAGCGCCCGGGGAUGAACCACGUCCAUCGCGACUCCUAUGGCCGGUUUGCUGCCGAUAACAAGGGGGGAGACAACACGAGCCUUGGCUGGAAUGACUACAUGCGCAUGGCCGACUUCAUCGGGACGGAUGCGGGGUUCCUCGUCGAUGAUACGGCCGUCUUCAGCACCUCGUUCCAUGUGAUCAAGGAGUCCAACAGCUUCACGAAGAAUGCUGGGCCCCUGCUCGGGGGGAGGGGUGCGGCGAGGAAGUCAGACGGGCAUUUUGGCAAAUUCACCUGGAGGAUCGAGAAUUUCACCAGGCUCAAGGACCUCCUGAAGAAGAGGAAGAUUACAGGGCUCUGCGUCAAGAGCCGCAGGUUCCAGAUUGGCAAUCGGGACUGCCGCCUUAUUGUCUAUCCCAGAGGGCAGUCCCAACCACCAUGCCACCUAUCAGUGUUUUUGGAAGUCACAGAUUCCCGCAACACGGCCAGUGACUGGAGCUGCUUUGUGAGUCAUCGGCUGUCGGUUGUAAAUCAGAAAAUGGAAGAGAAGUCCGUCACCAAGGAGUCACAAAAUCGUUACUCAAAGGCUGCAAAGGACUGGGGUUGGCGUGAGUUUGUGACCUUGACGAGCCUCUUUGAUCAGGAUGCUGGGUUUCUUGUCCAAGACACUGUUGUGUUCUCUGCAGAAGUUCUCAUCUUGAAGGAGACCUCUAUAAUGCAAGAAUUUAGUGAUUCAACAGAGUCUGAAUCGGGUGGCAUGGGUUCCAGUUCUCAGAUUGAUGCUAUUUGGAAGAGAGGGUCUUUCACGUGGAGGGUGGAAAAUUUCUUAUCCUUUAAGGAGAUUAUGGAGACACGGAAAAUCUUCAGCAAAUUCUUUCAAGCUGGCGGUUGUGAGCUGCGAAUAGGUGUCUAUGAGUCAUUUGACACCAUAUGUAUAUACUUGGAGAGUGACCAGUCAUCUGGGAGUGAUCCUGACAAGAAUUUUUGGGUCCGGUACAGAAUGGCUGUGGUGAACCAGAAGAAUCCAGCAAAAACUGUGUGGAAGGAGUCUUCUAUCUGCACAAAAAUGUGGAACAAUUCAGUUCUACAAUUUAUGAAGGUCUCAGAUAUGCUGGAAUCUGAUGCAGGAUUUCUUGUUCGUGACACAGUGGUAUUCGUUUGCGAGAUCUUAGAUUGCUGUCCUUGGUUCGAGUUUUCUGAUCUGGAGGUUUUGGCUUCAGAUGAUGAUCAGGAUGCAUUGUCAACAGACACAGAUGAACUUGUUGAGUCUGAAGAGAGUGACGUCAGUAGUGGAGAUGAGGAAGACAUGUUCCGGAAUCUUCUUUCCCGAGCAGGUUUUCAUCUGACAUAUGGAGAUAACCCUUCGCAGCCCCAGGUUACUUUAAGAGAAAAGCUUCUAAUGGAUGCUGGUGCAAUUGCUGGAUUUCUAUCUGGUCUGCGGGUUUAUCUUGAUGAGCCUGCUAAAAUUAAGCGCUUGUUUCUUCCUGCCAAACUAUCUGGGAGCACUGGAGGCAAGAAAGAUUCCACAAGAGGUGAUGCCAGUUUUCCGAGUAUAGUGAAUUUAUUGAUGGGGGUUAAGGUCUUGCAACAAGCAAUUAUUGAUUUACUUCUAGAUAUAAUGGUCGAGUGUUGCCAAUCUUCAGAAGGAAGAACAGGAUAUGAUUCUUCUGAAACAAGCUCGAAACCUUCUCCUGGUUCUAAUGGAGCUAGCAGUCCACCAGAAUCCACUGGUGACAGUGAAGUUACCGAGAAUGCACAAUGUCAUGUGUACCAGAGGUUGGAACCUGGAGUGGCUGAAAUUACCCAGGCACUACAGAGCUCAGACCAGAUUGCAAAUGGGAUACUGGACAAGACCAACCUGGAACAGUCCAUUUUUCCUCCUGAGACGUCUGCUGGGCAUCUCCAAGUAGAUGAUGGUUUUAUUCGAGCUAAUAAGCUAAAAUGGCCAGAACAAUCUGAGGAACUCUUAGAAUUAAUUGUCAAUUCACUAAGGGCCCUCGAUAAUUUUGUGCCUCAAGGCUGCCCUGAACCAAGAAGAAGGCCCCAAUCAGUCCAGAAGAUUGCUCUGGUGCUAGAUAAAGCUCCAAAACAUCUUCAACCAGACCUAGUUGCCCUUGUGCCAAAACUGGUCGACCAUUCAGAACAUUCACUUGCAGCUUGUGCACUCCUGGACCGCCUUCAGAAGCCAGAUGCCGAGCCCUCAUUGCGCUUACCGGUUUUUGGUGCUCUCAGUUUGUUGGAUUUUGGAAGUGAGGUGUGGGAGCGUGUAUUAUUUCAAGCUUUUGAACUCUUGUCAGAUUCCAAUGACGAACCUCUUGUGGCAGCCGUGAGUUUUGUUUUCAAAGCUGCAUCUCAGUGUCAGCAACUUCCUCAAGCAGUCAGGGCUAUCCGAUCAAGGUUGAAAAGUCUGGGUGCGGAAGUUCCACACUGUGUGUUGGAUAUUUUAGCAAAAAUUGUGCAUACUUGUACGGAUGUAGCUGAAGCCAUUUUAAGAGAUAUUGACUCUGAUUGUGAGCUUGAUGGGAACUGUAUGACAACACCUUCUGGUAUUUUUUCAUGUGGUGUAAAUGGGCUUUCAGCUGAAGGAAUGCAUAUGGGUCAAGAGCAGGUUGUGCAUGGAUGCCAACAUCUGUCUGAUGUUUACAUCUUGAUAGAGAUGUUGACUGUGCCAGGCCUAUUUGUUGAAGUUUCACAGAUCUUUGAGAGAGCUGUACUGCGAGGAGCCAUUGGUCUGCAGUCAGUUGCGAUGGUAUUGGAAAGACGCCAUGCUCAAAGGUUAAGUGUUACAUCUAGGCCUCUUGUGGAUGAUCAACAGAACCAACAAGUCCUGAUAGGUGGAAAAUUUGAGGCAUUGGCUGUCCAAGAAGAUGACUUCAUAUCAGUUCUUUCUCUUGGUGAAGUAUUAUCUCUCUCUAGUGACACCAGAGUCCAGGACUUCGUGAGGAUGCUAUAUGCUAUCAUGUUUAAAAUUUAUGCUGAGGAGCAUUACCGAUUUAGGAUGUUGAAGGGGCUUGUUGAACAUGCAACAAAUACUUCAGAUAAUUGCCGAGUAGCUGAUAUAGAUAUGGAUGUUUUGGCUUUUCUUGUUAGAGAAGAAGAUGGGAUUGCUAGACCAGUUCUGAACAUGAUGCGGGAGGUUGCUGAAGCAGCCCAAGUUGGUCGUGCAAAUCUUUGGCACCAAAUUUGUGAUAUUGAAGAUGAAAAUAUCCGUUUUCGAGAAGAAAGACAAGCGGAACUUUCUAAUUUUGUACAUGAAAAAGCUGUUCUGUCCCAAAGGCUAAAUGAAUCCGAGGCUACUAACAAUCGUCUUAAGUCUGAGUUAAAGGUUGAAAUGGACCGUUUUGCUCGUGAAAAAAAGGAACUUACGGAGCAGAUACUUGAGGUUGAGAAUCAGUUAGAAUGGGUUCGAUCAGAAAAAGAUGAGGAAAUCACAAAACUCUCUGCUGAUCGGAAAGUUCUUCAGGACCGCCUUCAUGAAGCAGAAGCACAACUCGCGCAGUUGAAAUCUCGAAAACGUGAUGAAUUGAAGAGAGUAAUGAAGGAAAAGAAUGCAUUGGCGGAAAGGUUGAAAAAUGCAGAAGCUGCACGAAAAAGAUUUGAUGAAGAAUUAAAGCGGUAUGCCACAGAGACAGUGACUAGAGAAGAAGUCAGGCAAUCACUUGAAGAUGAAGUUCGACGACUGACAAAAACUGUGGGACAAACUGAAGGAGAAAAACGGGAGAAGGAAGAACAGGUGGCUCGCUGUGAAGCGUACAUUGAUGGGAUGGAAGCAAAGUUGCAAGCAUGCCAGCAAUAUAUUCAUACCCUUGAAGCUUCACUCCAAGAAGAAAUGUCCCGUCAUGCUCCACUUUAUGGUGCUGGAUUGGAAGCCUUGUCAAUGAAAGAGCUUGAGACACUCUCCCGCAUUCAUGAGGAAGGGCUAAGACAGAUUCAUGCAAUUCAGCAGAGGAAAGGCACUGGGACUUCUCUCGUGAGUGGACACGCUCUUCCGCAAGUCCAUGGCUUAUACCCCACAGCUCCUCCCGUGGCUGUUGGUCUCCCACCUUCUAUCAUCCCUAAUGGAGUAGGAAUUCAUGGCAAUGGGCACAUUAAUGGUGCAGUGGGUCCUUGGUUCAGCCCCACUUAAAACAGAAGCCAGCAUCUGUAAUUCUAUGUAAGCAACGAUAUCUUUUGGCUGGCCUCAUUUUACCAGCUGCCAGGUAAUUCAUAUGAUAAGCUUUUCUCCCCCAGUCUUCUCACGUCGCUUCAACACCUGAACUGGUAGAACAAUCGGACCUUUACGCAAUAGAAGAAAGUGUUGUCACAUAAAUAAGAGAAGGGGGAAAAAAAAAAUACAAACUUCUGAGCCAAUAGUUUUGUAAUAAUUAAAAAUGAAAGGGAAAUCCGAUGGAGCUAGCGGUUGCAAAUGAAAUUCUGGAGCGAGGGGACACCAAAUGUUGAAUUUGGUUACCAUUUCUUGUGAAUCUUAUUUGUUAUUUG